UCUUUACGUUUUGAGCUUAUUUUUUGUCCUUCUCAUAGUUCAACUAACACACAAAAAAUGAGUGCAGACCGGUUAAAGCAAAUGAAAGAGCGCUCUAAACUACGAAGACAGCUGCUUGCUCAACAACUUGGUGUGAAAGAUGAAAAUGAUUUUGGGAACAUACUUGGUAAAAAAGAAAAGGUUAUUCCUGCUCCACUCAUUAGAAGAAAUAGUUCUCUAACGUCACCAACGACUAAUGAAGAAUUCAAGUUACCUGGUAAAAAUAUCGGCAGUCCGACCUUACUAGUUGCUGAUGGUAAAAAAGUGGCGCGUAAACGGAAGCAAGAUGAAGAAGAAGUAUCGACAGAAGUAUACACUGAUUCGAAAACAUUUCUAAAGGGUACACACUCACUGAAUCCUCACAAUGACUACUGUCAGCAUUUUCUUGAUUCUGGAUACCGCCCUCACAACUUUAUACGCGACACUGGCAUCACUGAUCGAUUUGAAGAGUAUCCCAAACUAAAAGAACUUAUCAAGUUAAAGGAUGAAAUAAUUGCAACCCGAGCGACGCCCCCCAUGUAUCUUCAAUGUGAUUUGGACACGUACGAACUAACAGACCUAAAGUACAAGUUUGACGUCAUACUAAUAGAUCCGCCUUUAGAGGAAUACCAACGAAGGUGUCCUGGAUUGAUGUUUAACUGGCGACCGUGGCAUUGGGAGGAAAUCAUUAGGCUAGAAGUUGGUCAAGUGGCUGCACAGCGUUCGUUUUGUUUUCUUUGGUGUGGGUCAGCGGAAGGACUGGAUGAAGGAAGAAAAUGUUUGAAAGCCUGGGGCUUCCGUCGUUGUGAAGAUAUUUGCUGGAUAAAGACUAAUAAAAAUAACCCUGGGAACACAAAAUAUAUGGAGCCAAUGUCAGUGCUACAACAUACUAAAGAGCAUUGUUUGAUGGGCAUAAAAGGGACUGUACGUAGAAGUACGGACGGUGACUUCAUUCACGCUAACGUGGACUUAGAUAUCAUUAUUAGCGAAGAAGCUGAAUAUGGAAGUACGGAUAAACCGGAGGAGAUAUUUAAAAUUAUUGAACAUUUUUGUUUGGGUAGAAGACGUCUGCACAUAUUCGGUAAUGACCAUACUGUACGUCCAGGUUGGGUAACAGUUGGUCCGGACCUUACCAGCUCUAAUUAUUCCAGCGAGCAAUAUCAUUCGUACUUCAGCAGCUCUCCAGAAGAAAACCUUGUAGGAAGUACUGACCUUAUCGAACAGUUACGACCGAAAUCACCACCUGCCUCAAAAAUGAAGGGGCAACAGGGGAUGUCUGGGAGAGGCAGAGGACGUGGUGAUGCUGGCCAGGGAAGAGGCCAGUCAGCAGGCGGUAGUGGUAUCUCUCGAGGCGGAUUUACUAACCGAAAUUACAUGCAAAAAGGAGGAUACUCAGCACAAUAGUGUCAAAUUAUUACUUUUAGAAUUUUUUUAAAAAAAUUGUAUUUAAAAAUGAUGAAAUGAGAAAUUAUUUAUCACACUAUA